AUGGCAUCAAAAAGAAACAUCCAGUGUGAAAUCAGGCAUUACAAACCAGAAGAUGAAGACGCUGUUGUCUCCCUCUUUCGCUACGGCAUCAUGGAACACAUCUAUCCGGCGUUUUUCAAGGCCAUGAGCAACCCCGACCACAUGGGGGUGACGUUGAGCAUCUCCAUGGCGGGAUAUGUGCUGGGGGGGAGCUCGUACUUCAUGGCUCUGCUGGCGGGCGGGGCGUGGGCGGGGCUCGUGUACUACUGCUGCUACGAGAUCUACGACGGCUACCUGAGGGAGCGUCUGCGCACGGACAUGGGUGACAUCCAGGGCCACUUCCUGGACAGGCCAGACAGCUGCUUCUGGGUGGCCGAAGCUGUGGUCUGGGGCAGGCCCAAGGUGGUGGGGAUGGUGGCAGUGGUGGGCAGGAGGCAGGAGAAAGAGAGGGGCGACAGCGCUAACGGCGGAUUCGACGGCGGGGACGGGAGCUACGCCGAGCUGAAUUGGGCCAUCGUGUCGUUCCCGCGGCGACGCCAGGGCCUGGGCACGCGGCUGGUUCAGACUGCCCUGGAUUUCUGCCAGGAGUGCGGCCUCGACAGCGUGGUCCUGGAGACCAGCUCGGCGCAGACUGCCGCUCUGGCCCUCUACCGCAAGCUGGGCUUCGAGCACACGUUCACCCACACCAACACGCACGUGCACCGCUGGGUCACCAAGCUGGCCAGAGUCAGUGUGCUGAGGAUGGAGAUGGUGCUCUGACACCCCUGUUUCCUGCCAAACACACUCCAGUGCGCCGCAAA